AUGAUGGUGAAGGCUCAUCCCUCCCAGAAACUCUACACGCGUAUGAGGUUAUGGGAGUUUCCGGAUCAAUAUAUCGUUGAACCCACUGAUGGUUCUUCUGGUUCUUGUUUAGCUGUCAAUCGUGUUAAUGGCUCCAUGUCGCUUGUUGAUGAAGUUCCGCAUUGCACCAUGGUUCGUGUUCCAAAAAUUCAGACGGUUUUUGGUGUUGUUGGGAUGCUAAAGCUAUUAGCAGGAUCAUAUUUAUUAGUGAUUACCGAUCGUGAAUCUGUUGGAACUUACUUGGGGCAUCCGUUCUUCAAAGUUUUGUCACUCAAAGUCUUCCCUUGUGAUCAUUCCUUGAAAAAUUCUCCCGAGGAGCAGAAAAGAGUGGAGUCUGAAUUUUCCAAUCUGUUAAAAGUUGCAGAAAAGACCCACGGACUCUAUUUCUCAUAUGAUGUCAAUAUAACACUAAGUGCCCAACGUUUGAAUGAUUUGGGUGAUGAAUCGAGGCUGCUUCCUCUUUGGAGACAAGCAGAGCCACGAUUCUUGUGGAACAACUAUAUGUUGGAAGUUUUCAUAGAUAACAAACUUGAUCCAUACAUGCUUCCUGUUAUUCAAGGAUCUUUCCAGACGUUUCAAUCAGCAAUCGGAUUAGAGAUUAUAGACGUCACAUUGAUCGCAAGAAGAUGCACAAGAAGAACAGGGACUCGGCUAUGGAGAAGAGGAGCUGAUGCUGAUGGUUAUGUAGCAAACUUUGUCGAAAGUGAACAAAUCAUACAGCUAAAAGGGUUUACCUCAUCAUUUGUGCAGGUGCGAGGUUCAAUGCCUUUUAUCUGGGAACAAAUUGUUGAUUUGACAUACAAACCUAAGUUCGAUAUCUUGAGACGUGAGGAAGCGCCUCGAGUUGCUGAACGCCAUUUUCUGGAUUUAAGGAAGAAAUAUGGAAAUGUUUUCGCUGUUGAUCUUGUCAAUACGGAUGGUGGCGAGGGACAAUUGACUCAACAAUUUGCCAAUUCAGUGCAUAAUAUUCUUAGCAAUGACGUCAGAUACUUGCAUUUUGACUUCCAUCGCAUUUGUGGACAUGUUCAUUUUGAGCGCCUAUCUAUCCUUUAUGAACACAUUGAGGAUUUCCUCAUUAAAAAUAGGUACUAUUUGUUAAAUGAAAAGGGUGAAAUAGUUGAAAAGCAAAUUGGAAUCUUACGCACGAAUUGUGUUGAUUGUUUAGAUCGUACAAAUGUCACACAGAGUAUGAUUGGACGAAAAAUGUUGGAAUUACAACUUCAAAGGCUUGGUGUUUUUGAUGCUAAUGAAAGCAUUAGUACAUAUCCUAAUUUUGAUGACCGUUUCAAAAUAUUAUGGGCUAACCACGGGGAUGAUAUAAGCAUCCAGUAUUCCGGCACGCCUGCUUUAAAAGGAGAUUUUGUUAGAGUUGGUAAGAGGACUACUCAAGGGAUUCUUAAAGACGGAUGGAAUGCGUUAAUGCGAUACUACCUCAACAAUUUUGUCGAUGGUACAAAACAGGAUUCGAUUGAUCUACUCCAAGGUCAUUACAUUGUUUCUGUCUCACGUGAUUUGGUUUCUACUGCGCCAAAAGGAGGGAUUGAAGCCAUUGCUUCUCUUCCUCUUUCUUUGUUUCUGAUCACAAUGGGGUUCUUUUUUGCAAUGAUGUCACUCAUGCGAGUUGGGGAUGAUAUAUGGCAAUUAUUGUUUUCUUUAUUCUGGGCGGGUCUGAGUGUAGGUGUAGCAUCAUUCGUGAGAGCCAAUGGUCGAAUUUUCUGUAACCGACCUCGUUUGCAUAAACCUCCCCGUUGA